AUGAUUGCUUAUAAUGCGUGUUCGUCUUCUCCCGAUUUUGUUUCGUAUUGCAACGAUCGCCUGAAAAGCUUUUUGCCCAUUUUCCUUGACAUCGCUACUGCCGAAAUAAAAUCUUACGAUAUAUCUGAUGAUGAUAUUGCUUACUAUUCCAAUGCAAUACAGUACAACUUGCAGGGAGGAAAACUCAUACGAGGAUGGUGUGUAGAACUUCUACAAACAGCAUUUCUGGUAGCUGAUGACAUUAUGGACAAGAGUAUUAUGCGAAGAUCAAACGUUUGCUGGUACAUGGUUCCAACGGUUGGCAUUUCAAAUGCCGUGAACGACACCAUGUUUCUGAAUACCUUAGUUCAUCGCAUAAUCGCUAAUCAACUGAAAGACAGUAAAUAUCUGGUGACAGUCAUGAAUCUAUUCACCGAGGUUUCGAUGAUUACCAUUCUUGGGCAACACAUGGACACAUACGACGCCAUGGAUGCCUCAUUAUUCGACACCCCUACAGGAGCUACAUCGCUGUAUUAUCGUAUUUGCAAGAAUAAAACGUCAUAUUAUACAUUUUUUCUGCCAAUAAAACUGGGGAUGAUUGUAUCAGGAAUCGACCAAGGCAACAUAAACUACAGCAAACUGGAAUCCGUUUCGUCACUGUUAGGACACUUGUUCCAGGCUGCAGUGGCAAGGAGGGUACCGAUAUACAAACAAAGAAGUGUACGUGGCUCCUUGCGACAAGGUAAUGUAAAGGGUUUACCUAACAGAUCUCACAGCCAAAUCAAUGACAUAAGAAGCAAGGAUUUUGGCGCCUUUGCUGACGGAAGCUGCGUCCCAAGAGCCUUUGAGAGUUUCUGUAGAAUGAAGCCGUUAGGAAUGGCCUACAUGCAGAUGAGUGAUGUUGAAUAUACAUCAAGCUGCACUUACAGAGCCGUUUUCAUACUCUUUUACGGUCGCUUCAGGUUCGUUUAUGAGGCGUGCAAGGGAUUGCUGGGUGAGACCCUUCGCCAGCCUUGCCUUUUGUAA